AUGGCCAUGGAUAUUAAUUACGAUUUUGAAUCAUUGGAGAUUUUAGAACCUACCAGAAAAGUUAUUAAGGAGAUGAGAUUCAAAAAAAUGACAGAAGUUCAAGCAAGGAUAAUACCACACUUAUUAGCUGGUUAUAAUGUUCUAGGCACUGCUAAAACUGGAUUAGGUAAAACUCUAGCAUUUUUGAUACUGGCAAUUGAACUUCUUCAUAGUCAAAUAUUUGGCAUAAUGAUACUAGACAAAUGGAGAUUCAAAAAUUAA